UGCUGUGCUUGGAUUGUAUUAUUGGGUGGGCUGUCUUUGGCUAUCUCAGUGACCUCAGUGACCCUGUCGGUGGGUGACAUCUCCUUCAGUGUGCGUGUUUGUGCAUCUAGGAUCCUACGAGGUACCAGGCAAUUUUCCCCCACUAAAGGGCACGUCCGAGCCUGAGGCUGUCCAGCCAUGCCUGACAUCACCUCCAUCGACAGUCACCCCGACCAUGGCCUGGAGGAUGUACCUGGAAAUGAUACAAUCCCCGGCCACCCGAUGGGCGUCAAACCCAGUGGCAAUGCCCUGCUUGCCACUGAGAAUCUCCGGAACGUCAUUGGCACAUUCAAAUUACUGCCCGAUGAACUGAUUUUGAUGUUGCUGGAGUCCCUGGAUGGCCCGGCCUUGCUGAGUAUAGGACGGACGUGUAAGGCAUUCUAUGCAUUCACUCGGGCGGAGGAUCUGUGGAAGGCGCUUUUCAUCCAGUCGCCUCCCCCUUCAUUUGCUUGGCGAGGAACGUGGCGGUCAACAUAUCUCAAUUUGCCUCCGGCCAAGGUCGCUAUUCUGGACUGCUCGAAUCUAUUCUCGGACGCCCUACACCGACCCUUCUAUUGCGCGCACAUCUCAUUGGAUCCCUUCGUUCGCAACAUCCCGACGAGGAACCAGAUCGCUCGGCUGCCGGAUCUGUCCCCAGAAGAGUUCCAAGAGAAGUGGACCGACACCCCGUUCAUCCUGACCGAACCCGUGAAACAAUGGCCGGCCUACCGAGAGUGGUCCGUCGAGACACUGCUGUCGCGACACGGUGACGCGGAGUUCCGUGCGGAGGCGGUGGAUUGGCCCUUCAAGACCUACGUGGAUUAUAUGCAUCAUAACUCGGACGAGAGUCCGUUGUACCUGUUCGAUCGGGCCUUCGUGUCCAAGAUGGGGAUCAAGGCGGGUCCGCUGGACCAGGAACCCGAGGCGAUGUACUGGCCGCCGCCCUGCUUCGGAGAAGACUUCUUCUCUGUUCUGGGUAACGACCGUCCUGAUAGACAAUGGCUGAUCAUCGGACCUGAGCGAUCGGGUAGUACCUUUCACAAGGAUCCGAAUGCCACCAGCGCCUGGAACGCGGUCGUCCGAGGCUCCAAGUACUGGAUCAUGUUCCCUUCGUCGUCUAAGCUGCCCCCACCGCCGGGAGUGUACGUUUCUGAUGACCAGAGUGAAGUGACGUCCCCCCUCAGUAUUGCGGAAUGGCUUCUUGGCUUCCACGCCGAAGCCCGACGCACUGCGGGCUGCAUCGAGGGUAUCUGCGGCGAGGGCGAAAUCCUCCACGUGCCUUCGGGGUGGUGGCACCUCGUCGUCAACAUCGAACCGGCCAUCGCAGUCACGCAGAACUUCAUCCCCCGGGCUCAUUUGGGUGCCGCUUUGGACUUCUUAUCGAACAAGUCAGACCAGGUGUCCGGAUUCCGAAAGGACGUGCACGAUCCUUACAACCGGUUCGUCAACCGGAUGCGCGAGACCCACCCGGAUAUCCUGGAGCAGGCCGAGGAAGAGUUGAAGAAGAAGAAUGACGGCAAGAAACGGAAAUGGGAUGAAAUCGUCCACGGAAAGCCAGAUGGCGAAGGAGCCGCAGACGCAUCGGAAGGAGGGGGGUUCAGUUUUGGCUUCGGAGACGACGGAAGCGACGUGGAAGUUCCCUGAAUUCCAAGCGGUCAAUCGUGCGUCAAGCAUGGACAUGGCACUGAACGAAUGGAACAUUCUUGAAUCACAUUGCGCAAGAAAAGAAGAAUAUAUUAUCAUGACAAAGCACACGCCUGCUUCCGCUGUUCAGUCUUGAUGUGCAACUUUCAUAGAGCUCCAAAUGGGUCUCGCAAAACAAAAACCGGAAACCAAGUCUCAGAACAUAAAAUGCAUACGAACGCUUAAUGACAAGCCACUGUCUUAGCAGCCGACGUAUUUUCCCCGA